GAGUUCCCAGCCAGUAUGUCGUGAACCUUCGUCGGGUUGACACGUCCUAACCUUCCGGAGAGCAUCUCUCUCUCUCUCCUCACCACCCGCCGCCCGCCCACCCUCUCUCUCUCUCUCUGUCUCUCCCUGUCGCUCGCGAUCUCGACACGACGACGGUGUGUCAGGGGUAAAUAAAUGAAUGUCUUUGAGUGAUUGCGAAAACGCGAAGCCUGAAUAUGCGACGGUCCCGGUGGGCGAAUGCACGAAGUAGAAGUAGUAGUAGUAGGAGGUUUAAUGAGGUGACGACGGUACCAGUUUAACGACGAUAUAUGUAUCUAAUACGUACGUGCCCCAGCACGAGACGAGACGAGAUGGCACGGCACGUAAGGGUACUACUAUUCGUCUGUUCUUUAACGAGGGGGAACUGAAUGGCUCGUCUGACGCGGAAGGAAUUGUGAAUUCUCGAAAGCUGACGCUGAACAGACGGCGGUGUGAAAUGAACAUGAUAUAAUCCGGCCAUAUUCACCCUCCACCUGGCGCACUGUGAAUAAAACCAGACAUGCUUUGAGGUAGCAUGAAGUCUCCCUUGAAUAAAAUAUGGGCGAGGGGCCACUCACAAUAGAAAAUCGGAUGUCGUCGGCACCCUGCCCCAAAUUGGCGAGACGCCCCCCGACCGGAAGUGGGCCAUCAAGAUGGAACGUGAAAUAUCUCUUGAUGACUGAUCAGCUGAAGUAAUUCCGUUUCGGAACCUGGAAGAAGUCUGGAAAUGAAGAUGUUCUGGGCUGGAAACGAAUGUGUAUUGAGGUUAUGACGAAUCCGUAUUUUCUGUAAUCGAAGGGAGAAAGAAAAGACAUUUCCGCGAUUCUAGAAGACUUUGCAAAAAUAAAAAAAUAAAUUUUUUAAACAAACAAUUUCGUUGGAGAAACGAAAAGCGUACCAGACUUUGCAUACAACGAAACGAGAGGUAUGCAAAUGAUCUUGAAGCUUUCGAAGGAAAAUGGAGAGCAAAGUGUGUUCAAUAAGAUGCAACAGAUAGGCAAGACUCAACAAGGAAAACUAAGAGAAGAAGAGAGAAAUCAACAAAAAACGAAGUUAGAAUACCUGGGUUGAAAUGGUUUAUCCUCAAAUUGAAAACUGCGCAAAAGAAUAAAAAAUAAAGUGCUAGUCAAUUGAGGUAUGAAAAAAUAUAUAUACGAUGAUGAAAAGCAAAAGAAAGGAUUUAGACUUUAAGAUUGCAGAUUUAAGCUGGGAAUACUAAUCACUCUCAAGAAUUCGAUGUGAUGAAUUAACUAUUCUAUAAGUAUCAGAUCUAGCUUCAUAUCUCUUAGAAUAUUUCCGUUAGACAGUACUGUAAAAUUCUGAGGUAGGAGUUCUGUUAAAACUUUGAAAGUGAAAUCAAGUGUCCUUUUUUUACGACUUAACAAACAAACAAACAAAAAAAUGAUUGGCAUCAGUGCAAUGAGUUUCAUGUGCCUAAUGAAACUGUGACGUUGAUCGGGUCCAGGUCCGAUUCCAGGAAUCCAGACCUGUAGAUGACCCUCCCCCCUGAAGACUUUCCAAAAAUAAUCUUGAAAUAUUUUUGACACUUUUGCUUACAUUUUGUAUAUGUGUGUAUGUGUUAAAACUGUCCAUGUGUAUAAAUCUACCCUCAGAUAACCAUAAAACACGAAGGUGAAAAAACCCAAGAUAAAUAAAUCCAUGCCCAUCUUUCAUCUAAAACCAACAUAAAAACAGACCCCUAAAUUCACAUAAAGCCAUAAAAAGAAGCUUAAAUAACACAAUCUAAAAUCAUAUGAAUGUGUUAUGUAUGUCUUUUUUUAAUCCAAAUCCGUGUGAUGGUGGUAUUCAUUGGUAUCCGCGAUUAACGUUUGUGUGGGUAGACGGUCUACCCUGCUACCUGUCGAGUUCCUGUCUCGAAUCGUUUGUAAAAAAAAAAAAAAUAAAUAAAUAAAAACGAGGCUGAACGGAUAAAUUCGUUCCCUGAGAGCGAAUAGGAGGAAAGCGAGUCGCAGAACGUUUAUCUCGAGUGCCGAAGGGCCCUUUAGAAAACGAACACAAAAGAUCCUUUUGUAGGGAGGACCUGCUGGCCGGGAGGAACCCUAAAACCCCAAAAACCAAAACUUGAACCGUUGGGACGUAACUCAACUCCUCCUCUUCCUCCUCCUACAGCGCCUUCUUCUGCUACUUCUGCAGCAGCAUCUCUUCCUUUUUCUCCUCCUCUUUCUACUCUCCCUCGCCUUCUGUCCCACCUGCAAGAAUAGCCCCUGGGCGUCCCCUCCUACUUCGUCUUCUUCUGCGCCUUAUUCUACUACCUCUGCACCAGCAGCAACAACAGAAGAUAAUUCAUCAUCUCCUCCUCUCCCCCUCUCCCUCCUACCCCUCGCUGUCUGCCCACCUGCAGCAACAGCCCCUGGGAGUCCCGCCCCCCUCCCUUCCCCUGGCCUUGGCCCUCGAAACAUCCAGGAGGAGCGCCGCUGGAAAAGAAGCAGCCUUCAGGAGUGGGGGGAAAAGCCCUAUCUGUGGCGAUUAGAAACUUCUGGCCCUUAAAACAGGUAACAUCGACUAAGCGGCGGAAAAGAAAAACACAAAAAUCUUCGAAGGGCGCCUCCUUCAAUUCCUUUUUAACUUGUUCGGGUGAGCUUCUCGAAGUACUCCCCCCCCCCCCCCCCCCCCCCCGCCCCCCCCCCCCCCUACCCCCCCCCCCCCCCUCCCCUCUCUCGCUCUCUCUGUCUCUCUCCCUCUCUCUCUCCUCUGGUCUCGGUCUUUUAUGAUAACCUAUAAAUUCCCAGGAACAACCUGAAGGAGAAGAGGAGGGUUGAAAUCGUCAGAAGGGGCGAAUAAAUUUUAUAUUUGGGACUCGUCCGUUCCUCUAUCGGAAACUCUAAGCCUCGUUCAGAACUCGCUGCAAAUGAGCCCACUUGAAGCGUCUGCUACUUUAUAAAGCUCCAAGGAGCUUAGAGCCUAAUAACUUUUAGCAGGACCAAAGGAAAAAAAAUAAGAUAGAAAAAAUUUCAAACCUAGCUAACGAGGAAGGAGGGAAAUGGUUCUAUUGUAUCCGUAAUAAAUUUCUGAAACUUGAAUCCUCUCCUGUCAGACAACCGCCGCAAAAGGUUAAUUUAAUUGCACGAAAAGGCGUCUCGAAAGGACAUUACUACAAUCGUGUGCCAGGAGAGCGAAACUUUCUUUCGGAGAAAUUUGAUGCCACUGACCUGUCGAGGGGAAAGUGACCUUUCGAGCCUGUGAAAGGAAGGAAGCCUUGUUAAAUUAGGAACACCUUCAAGAAUAAAAGUUUCUACUUAUUUUUCUUCUUCAUUAACAUCAGAAAAAACUCCAAAACCACAGCAUCAACAAAAACGGAAAAAAAGCUAAACCCACAGCCAUCCAGUACCACCAAAACAUCGUCUAACACCGCCCCUCCCCAAAAAAAGAAAAAAGGCAUCCAUACCUCAUCCGCAUCAUCCAACCGGAUAGAAAAGCGACGUCAAGCUAACUAACUAAUCGCCCGCCAUCAUAGCUUCGUCGGUUCUAUCCUCCGUCGCCAUGUCCGGAGCCAACUUGAGGUACGGGGUGACCCUCCAGGACCCCCGAAACCGGACGGUGCCGACGACCCAGUUCGAGUGCCACCCCAGUGGCCCCACCGAGGCGGCCAUCAUCCUGGCCCUGGGUAUCUUGGGCAUGGCUGCCAACAUCAUCCUCAUGACUCUUCUGGUGGCUAGGAAAAAUCUUAGGAGGUGGUCUCAGGGGUUGCUGUUCCACCAGGCGCUGGUAGACUGCGCCCGGGCGGCGAUCCUCAUACCCCUGGGCAAAUCGAUCUACAGCUGCCACGCGGUGCCCAAGUGCUCUCUCGUGGAGACCGCCUUCCUCCUGCUGGUGACCGUUUCGACGAUCAACAUGUUGACAACGGUAUUAAGUCAAGUGCUGAACGACGCCCCGCUCCUGCCCGAGGACUCGGACCAGAAGCAGAUGCCCCUCCUGAUGGAGUCGCCGCAGUGCGUCCUCUUCGGCACCUUCAUGAUAUGGUUCGCCUCGAUCACCAUAAAUUUAGGUCCUACGUUUCUCUCGGGGGCCCUGGCGGCCAAUGUUGAUGAGGUGCACAACGCACCCUCGUGUCCACUGAUAACGGGUCCCCUGCGCCACUACGUCCUGAACGUCCUGUGGAUUCUGACGAAUGUCCUGGUCAUCAUGCUGACCAUCUUCCACCUGUACAAGCUCUACAGGGAUCUGUCCAACUCGUCCUUAGAAGCUGUUAGAAUCGCCUCGCUCGUCACCACCAUGAUCAGUGUCACGCAGCCGCAGAAUUCAGACCCAGAGGCCCGCGAACACCGUCAGGUCAACAGCUACAUCAGCAGGAUGGAGAAGGAGGGCGUGGAGAGAGUCAAAAUGUUCGUGGUGGUGACGGUGGCCUACGUCGUGUUUUGGGGUCCUCUGUUCCUCGUCACCCUUCUCACACCGUCUGGGGGGAAGACGGGACUCAGUCAUGAGGUGACACUCCACGUAGCGUACGUCCAUGCAUUUGUCAAUCCGGCACUAUUUUUGGCACUCCACAAGGGUCUACGGAGGGCGGUGACCGAUAUCAUGUGUUGUAACUGUUCUUCGCCGGAAGACCCAUCCAGCGCCGGAGGAGGACUGGCUGGCUUACAGGCGACUAUGUCAGCCUCGCGUCCCAGCUUAGCGGGAGGACUCAGCGGGACCAUGAGUGCCAGCGGGGGUCUGAGUACUAGCGGUCUCAGUGGUGCCACGGGCUUGUCGACGGGGGGCGCCCAAGCCAUGCCCCCCUACGCCUCCGACGGGGAUAUAAGUCCGCCCUUCACCUCGAUCAACAGACAAUACCUAUUCACCGACGCCUCGAGCGCUACAGGUAGUCUAAGAGGAUCCCACCAGGACCUAAGUUCCCAGCAUCGGCUCCAUAUGGCCACGCCAAAUAAAAACAGUGUGAAUGGUUACGUUGGGAGCACAAGCAGAGAAGUCAGAAUACUCGCAGAGCCAGGGACUGCCUUUGGAACGUAUGAUAAAAGGGAGACCACUCUCUGAUGAAGACGAUUAUGACCUCUCUCACUUAAGAUGGAGUAAAGAUGGCAUAAACCACUCAACGGAAGCAGCCUUCACCUGGAAAAACGGGCAACGAUGAACCGAGGGAAGACUCCAGGAAAUGCCGACAGGAUUCCAGAAGCGUUCCAGGACGAGAUGACACGAAUGUAAGAGUCUGGAAGCAUUCCUACAGGAUUCCUUUAAAAAAAAAAAGUAAAAGGACAACAGUUGAAUCUUAUAGGGAUUCCGGGUUGGGUUCAGAUACGAAAGAUAAAAGUGAACCCUGUAGUUCCAAAGAUUCCAGAAUGGUUCCUGAUUUUUUUUUUUAUCCUGGAAGUUCAUAAGAGGUUUCAGAAGGAUAGGAUCCAGAGGCUUCUGCUGCUGGAACUGCUACUGCUGCCCACAACCACUUGAAGGCUUUGCUUACCAAAGGCAUCGACUGGGUCAGAGUUCCGCUGCUGGCGACGAGAGGUAUGCGUGUGAUGUUUCUGGUCUCGAGACCUGAUGGCGGUCGAUGAAACCCAAAGCCCCCUCCACCCCCCGCCCCCCUGGAUACAGGUGCCGUGAAAUCACCGAAGAAUCUGCGGUAGGACGAGGUGGACGAAGGGCGAAGGAGGUGCACGAACGUACGAAUGGAAGACGAAAUAGAAAAAUAAUAAGUUCUUCAAGAAACGGAAUAGAAAAAUGAUAAGAGGUUCUUAAAAAAACAAAUAGAAAAAUGAUAAAUGGUUCCUCAAAAAAAAACGAGAUAGAAAAAUAAUGAGGUUUCUAAAAAAACGAAAUAUAAAGAUAACGAGAGGUUCCUAAAAAAAACGAAAUAGAAAAAUAAUGAGAAGUUCUUUAAGAAACGAUGUAGGAAAAUGAUACAGGGUUCCUCAAAAAACGAAAUAGAAAAAUGAUAAGAGGUUUCUCAAGAAACCAAAUAUAAAAAGGAUACGAGGUUCCUCAAAAAUCGAAAUAGAAAAAUAAUUAGAAGUUCCUCUAGAAACGAUAUAGAAAAAUAAUAAAAGGUACCUCUCAAAAUUAAUAAAUAAAUAAAAAGGACAAAGGCCUUUUAGGCGAUGGGGGUGUCUCCAGGUCUGUCUUGAGAAUGCAUACAGUGUCACUGAAAGCCCCACAGACACAGACACACAUACCCACGAAGAUAGACAGAUACAGCAAUAAUGAGAAAAACUUCAAAAAAAGGGAGGAAAUAAAGCCAGUUCACCUCUCCGAGGAAAUCUUCUGAAUGAGCCCAGGAAUUCCAUAGGAGGUUGACCUGGCUUCGAUAUAAGAAAGGGAAGAAGAAGACUGACUGGACUUACUCUCGAGGUAAUGGAGGAUGUAAACAAUGACUUUUCCAAGAAAAAAAAAUACAGGAAAAAAUGGGUUAUUUUUAAAUUCUGAAGGAAAAAUAAAAUGUCUAAAAUGGCGUUAAUCACUGAUACACAUGAAAAGUGAAAUUCAAUUUCUUUAGAAAUAUACGUAUGAUAAAAUGAAAAUAUUCAUGAUGGAAAGAAUGACGAAAAAAAUAGAAAAAAAGAGUUAUUUUUAAAUGCUGCUAAAAAAAAUUCUAAAAUGGAGUUAAUCACUGAUAAACACGAAAGGUAAAAAUACCUUUCUUUAGAAAUUUACGUAUGAUUGAUUGAAAAUAAUCAUGGUGGAAAGAAUGAAAGAAUGGCGAGAAAAAGAAAUUAACUAAAUAAUGAAAAUAAUAUGUGAAUUUUUACGAAAAAUAACUAUUCUGAUAACUAAAUGUGAACAAAUUUAUGUAUGAUAAAAUAAAAAUAAUCAUGGUGGAAGAAUGAAAGAAUGUCGAAAAAAAAGAAAAAAAACAAGAUGAUGAAAAGAAUAUCUGAAUUUUUACGAAUGAUAAUUAUUCUGAUAACUAAAUGUGAACCAUCUCUAGGAAGUUACGCGUGAUGGAAUGAAAAGAAAAACGGAAGGAAAAGGAAAUGAUUAAAGAAAAUAUUAAAAUAUUAUUGUAAAAGAAAAAGGGGAAUGAUAUAUAGUGAACAAUUACUUGGCGAAUGAAUCUUAAGAGACACACAGAAGUGUCAAUAGUGGUCCAAGAGACUGAUUAACCUAAUAAUUAAAAAAAAAAGUGUUGUAUAAGUUCUCCUCAGAAUGAACACCGUGAACAGAGAACAAGAACAGCUAUAACAAACUCAGAAUGAACGGAAAUAGAACGUAAAUUAUACGUUCAUUCGAACAAGACGCUCAGCGAGUGUAAAAUAGAUACUUUAUGAGAUUCAUUUUUUUUUUUUUUGUAAAUUUAACGAAUGGAAAUCAAUAACUAUGAUGAUGAUUGUCACGAUUAUGUUUAGUGUUGGUGAUGACGCUUUCUGAUGGUAUAAUAAACUGAAUACUAAGCUUAACCCUCAUUCCUUAGGAGAUGAUAAUAAUAUCUAACAGGUUUAUUUUUGAUGCAAUAAGGAAUUUAUUAGCAAUGUCGAUCAAUACCGUUCUAACUUGCAUGCAGUGGCAUGCAAGGAACUGAAACCCCUGCAUUUAAAUGCAUUUAUUACUUUUGUAUGUAU